UGAAAUUCUGCGAGCCAUUGGGAAAGGCAGUUUUGGGAAGGUCUGCAUCGUUCAGAAGAAUGAUACCAAGAAGAUGUAUGCAAUGAAAUACAUGAACAAACAGAAGUGUGUUGAGCGCAAUGAAGUGAGAAAUGUCUUCAAAGAACUGCAGAUCAUGCAGGGUCUGGAGCACCCUUUCCUGGUUAAUUUGUGGUACUCCUUCCAAGAUGAGGAAGACAUGUUCAUGGUGGUGGACCUCCUGCUGGGCGGGGACCUACGGUAUCACCUACAGCAGAACGUCCAUUUCCAGGAAGACACCGUGAAGCUCUUCAUCUGUGAGCUGGCCAUGGCCCUGGACUACCUGCAGAGCCAGCGCAUCAUUCACAGGGAUAUGAAGCCUGACAAUAUUUUGCUUGAUGAACAUGGGCACGUGCACAUCACAGACUUCAACAUCGCCGCCAUGCUGCCCAGGGAGACGCAGAUCACCACCCUGGCUGGCACCAAGCCUUACAUGGCACCCGAGAUGUUCAGCUCGAGGAGAGAAUCCGGCUAUUCCUUUGCUGUGGACUGGUGGUCCCUGGGAGUGACAGCCUACGAGCUUCUGAGAGGCCGGAGACCAUAUCAUAUUCGCUCCAGUACUUCCAGCAAGGAAAUUGCACACAUGUUUGAGACGGCUAUUGUGCCUUACCCUUCUGCCUGGUCACAGGAAAUGGUGUCACUUCUUAGAAAGCUACUUGAACCUAAUCCAGACCAACGGUUUUCUCACUUGUCUGACCUUCAGAACUUCCCAUAUAUGAGUGAUGUGAACUGGGAUGCGGUUUUACAGAAGAGGCUCAUUCCAGGUUUCAUUCCUAAUAAAGGCAGGCUGAAUUGCGACCCCACCUUUGAACUCGAAGAAAUGAUUUUGGAGUCCAAACCUCUUCAUAAGAAAAAGAAGCGUCUGGCAAAGAAGGAGAAGGAGAUGAGGAAAUGUGAUUCCUCUCAGAUGGGCCUUCUUCAAGAGCACCUUGAUUCUGUGCAAAAGGAAUUCAUCAUUUUCAACAGGGAAAAAGUAAAAAGGGACUUCAAUAAAAGACAAGCAAAUCUAGCCUUCGAACAGACCAAAGACCCACAAGAAGAAAAUGGUCAGAAUAACAACCUCUGAGUCAUCAACAUCUUCUUCUUGGGACAUUUCCUGCCAUUCAGGCCAGCAAGUUCUGAUUUCCACAGCAGGAUGAGCUGACGGUAGUUCCCUCCGCACACCGCACACACCUUAGAAAACGUGAAUGCCUACCUUUGAGGGAGGCAGCUCGAAACAAUGAAGAGCUCCUUGGGCUCCUGGGAACUGGUUACACCACUAACAAACCAUGUGACCAUGAGCAAGUCACUUAACCA